AUUAUUCUCGCCUAGCGUGCGUUAACUGCACAAUGCUACCUGAAGACGUUCUCGACGAUUUAUGCAGCCGUUUUCUUAUCAACAUUCCUGAAGAAGAGAAGAGUAAUUUGGUUAGGAUUUGCUUUCAAAUCGAACUGGCCCACUGGUUCUACAUUGACUUUCACCGAGAGAAAAGGCCGCAGUUGCCAGGAUGUUCAAUGAGAGAAUUUACGCAUAUAAUAUUUGGGCAUUUGCCAUUUCUACGGCAUAGACAGAAGGAUGUCGAUGAUAUUCUUGCUCAGUGGAAGAGCUACAAGAGAACAGUACCGGUGUUUGGAGCUAUCAUAUUGAAUGAAACAAUGGAGUUUUGUGUUUUGGUGCAAGGCUAUUGGUCAAAGACAAGUUGGAGUUUUCCAAAGGGUAAAGUCAAUUUAGAGGAACCUGAGUUUGAUUGUGCAGUUCGAGAGGUAGAAGAGGAAACUGGUCUGAAUGUUCGGGAGUAUGCUAAUCCUGAUCAUUACUUGGAGCAAAAAGUCAAUGAGCAGCAAAUUCGGCUGUACAUAGUGCCAGGAGUUCCAAAAUCAACAGCUUUCAAGCCUCAGACAAGAAAGGAAAUUAAAGAAAUCAAAUGGUUUGCUAUAAAACAUCUUCCAUCACACAAGGGAGAUACAAACUCUCAGAAGAGUCUUGGUUUGAGUUGGAACAAUUUUUUUCAAGUUAUUCCAUUUCUCAAGCUUCUCAAGAAAUGGAUUGCCUCUCAAAGCAAACCUGUUGCUUCACUAGCUCACCAUCCUCUACCAGCUGGUACAGCCGAGUCUAGUGUUGCAGUACACAGUUCUACAAUCCAUUCUAGAAGUGCGCAGACUGAUGCAGUUGCUUUCCACAACACAUACCAUCUUCAACCAUCACUGAUUCAUCAACCAAACAUUUCACAUCAGUGGUUUUAUCAACCUGGAGUGAUGCCUUCGCUUGAUGCAUUCCGUUUCAGCAAUUAUGGAAAUUACCCUCCACCUGUUAGACUUCCAGCUGUAGGUCAAGUUGGUAGUGUUGGUCAUCGAGCUGCUACUUUUGAUCAUGCUGCUAGAGUUCAUUUUUCAAACCAUCAUCCUACCAGUGUUUCAAGUCUGGUGUUGGCUGGAAGUGCCAAUAAGCAAGAACAGGGGAAUGAUCUUCAUUGUUUUAUUCCUCGAUAUUUGCCAUGGGACAAUUUUGUAUUUGACAGAGAGCAAAUCCAAAUCAGCAUGUGUAGGAUGACUUAGAAUGGUACAAUGAGCCAUGUCUUUUUGGAAAUGGAAAACGCUGUACAGGUUCAUGUGAAACAUCUUUUGAAUAUCCCUUUGGGUGACAGCCAGCCCAAUUGUCUUACAGUCUUAUAAUAAAUAUAACACUAGUUCAACCAGCGA